GACGGACGACGUCGUGAGCAACUGUGCAGUUAUGAUUAUACACAAUACAUACACAUCGCGAGCCUGAGCUGCGCUGCCCGAGCGAGCCAGUCAGUCACCGCAAUACGCUGAAAUAGUACACAGUCGCGCAGUUAAAAGUCCGACGUAAAAACGAUAUAUUGUGAAUUGCAAUAAAACGUGUGCGCCGUUCGUUUCUUUCUCUUUUUUAUCUGUCAAGUCGAGGUUUUGGUGCCCCAUCGAUCGUGCAAAAUUACUUAUCCCAUCCACGGAACAAUUGGCGUGGAUUAACAUAAAUAUUGUCGUGUGUGAUGUUUUCUAUGUGGCUGAACGAGAAUGCCAAUACAGGCACCACAGUGGACUGAAUUUCUUUCUUGUCCUGCUUGCUGCAAUGACUUUGAUGUGGCUGUUCGUGGACCUAUAUCUUUAGGAUGUGGUCACACAAUAUGCUACACCUGCUUGACAAGUCUCCCACGCAAGCAGUGUCCCUUUGAUCAAAGUCCAAUCAACACAGAGAUAGAAAAGUUACCUGUUAAUGAAGCUUUGCUACAACUGGUUGGUAAUUCAAUACCAAGCAAUAAUGUCUCGGAAACAUUUCAAUCACUCUUGUCCCCUGAAGACUAUGCACAUUAUCUUGUGGCAAAGCAAUGUAUUGAGGAGCUUGCACUCUACCUCAAACCAUGCCAAGUUACAUCAAAUAAUGCAACCGGAAUUGGCAUAGUAUCUAGGCCAAUGCAAAGAAAACUUGUAACUCUAGUUGGAUGUCAACUUGUUGAACCAGAGGGAAGGGCAAGAGCAGUCAGAGCAGCAAGAAGUUUAGGAGAAAGAUCAGUGACAGAACUUAUUUUGCAACAUCAGAACCCACAGCAGCUCAGCGCAAACCUCUGGGCUGCUGUCAGAGCAAGAGGAUGUCAAUUUUUAGGACCUGGUAUGCAAGAAGAGGUGCUGAAAUUAGUUCUUUUAGCUUUAGAAGAUGGUUCAGCUUUAUCUAGAAAAGUCUUAGUUAUGUUUGUUGUUCAACGUUUGGAACCGCAAUUUCCGCAAGCUUCUAAAACCAGUAUUGGUCAUGUAGUACAAUUACUUUACAGAGCAAGUUGUUUUAAGGUGUCUAAACGCGAAGGCGAUUCAUCGUUAAUGCAACUGAAGGAAGAAUUUCGAACUUACGAAGCACUUCGUCGCGAACACGACGCUCAGAUAGUUCAGAUAGCAACGGAGUCAGGAUUGCGCAUAGCCCCGGAUCAAUGGUCGGCUUUACUUUACGGCGAUACGGGUCGCAAGUCUCACAUGCAAAGUAUUAUCGAUAAAUUGCAAACACCUCAAUCAUUUGCUCAAAGUGUACAAGAAUUGGUAACUGCUCUUCUAAAGACGCCCGACCCGGUACAACUCAGUAGCUUACGACCGCACCUAGAGCUUUUGGCCGCUAUCGAUCCUAGUCCCGAAUCGGAACCACCAUCGUGGGUAGAUACCCGUGCAGCGUUAGAAGCUAUCAACAUCGUCGUGACGGCUUUGGUUGAUUUCAUUCAACAACAUGGAAAUCGUAAUAAAUCCCAAGAUUCUCCCAGUAUUAAUUAUGGUAACGGUUGCAACGGUAACGGAGGCUCUGGGAUGUCAAGAUACAAAGUCAGUAUGUGUCGCGACUUGAUUCUCCGUGGUUCCUGUCCGCGCACCACGAGCUGUACGUUUGCUCACAGCGAGUCGGAACUAGAAAAGUAUCGAGCCAAAAGUCGCAAACCAUCGAGAGAAAACAAAGAAAAGAGCGUCAGUAUGGAUAGACCCGUAAAAGGAUUUAAAGGCAAGGAUAAUGGGUUUUCGAAAAAUCAUCCGAACGCGCAUCGGGACAAUUUCAAUCACCCCAACCGGCUAAGUUCAUUGCAACAACCGGUUCCGGUUAACGUGACUCUGCUAAAUUGCUCGAGCCCAGGCAAUCAAUCAGUGCCGCGUAUCUCUCCGCAGAAAGAUUCGCCCGCUCAUUUUAUCGGCACACCGCUGGAUUAUGCAACAGCCAAUUUACAUCUCUGGGAUGCCGGCGUAGUUCAACAGCAGCAACAGCAACAGCAACUAGCUGCGAACAUCCAAAAUGUUUACCCUAACAACAAUAACAAUAACAGAAAGCAGAGGACAGCUGCUAAGUCAUUGGCCGUGCUGUUGCAGCGUAGAAUGGAAAUUAUCAAUCAAUUGGAAAAUAUUGUUGGCAAGCCUCCGCAGGUAAACGCAAAUUAUCACGACAUUCACAAUGACCCGCUGAAUUCCGAUUAUUCUAUUUGGACGAAUUCUCUGUCCAAUCAGAACAAUACAACAGGAACUUUCAAUUUUGGCAAUAAUUACAUUUGCAAUGAUUCUAACGUAUACGACGAUGAAUUCGUACCAUUUGAGGCUUCGUUGGCUAACAAGUAUGGACCAAUAUCGAGAUUAUCCAAAUCAAUAUUGAGACCUACAAACAGCAUGCAACAAAAUGCAAUAUACAACGAUGGAGUUCAAACUGCAAUACCUAAUAUCCGGCCCGUACCCGCAACCAGCCCUUUGACUAAUCGAUUUUAUAAUCAAACAUUCAACGGUGUCAAUCCAAAUGGAGGAAUUCAAAAUUUGACAAAUUCAAAUUUGAACGAUGCUUACAUCACACUAAAUUGUACUUUGCCCGAUGGUAGUUCUCAAGUGCAAAUAUCUCGUCAAGAUUGCAUGUCAAAAGAUAUCAUCAUCGAAUCGCAAAAAGUGAAGCAGCAAUUGAAACAUUUAGAAAAGAAAAUCAACGAUCUAAAGCUCGCAACGCAAGGCGCAGCUUAUACCGAACAUGAAAGACUAGCUCAAGAGUUGCAAAUGAUUGAGGCCGGGAUCCGAGAAAAAGAGAAAGACGUGUACAAUUGGAGUCCUUAUAGCAAUACGGCUUGGAUUCAACCAUCCACCAAUUUACUUUUAAGUCCGAAUUCGAAGAGAGAUUUUAAGCUGGAUGACGAGGACACGUACGAAACGGAAAUUGCGAAUGACAUGCGAGAGUUUGAACUGCGCUGGGAGUCGGAGUUGAAAGAACAAGAGAAGCACUGGUCUACGGAAGAAGACCCGAAGAAAUGUUAGACAGGACAUCUUUGAAUCGCUCGCCUGUUGUUCAAAGUUAACUAAAUCAUAGCAUCGUUGAGAAUCACGCUUUAUUAUAAUUUUCGUCGACAAAAUUAUUCGUACUUUUAAUCAAUUUCUUUGUAAAUAGACAAAAUCGCCUAUACAUUUAAAAGUCAUGAAAAGCAUCGUCAUUUUCGAUGAAAAACUACGAUGCUGCGCUCUUGGAACUACGAAUUUUCACACUACUGUGCGUUGUACUUUUUGUUGAACAAAACCUCAGUGAGGUCGAGCGUAAAUAUUCGAAUAGAUAAUUUUUUAACCAAUUUAGAAAUUGGAAACAAAUUUAUUUAAAAACUGUGAAAAUUCGUACGUAGCUCGUAAUUGCAAUGAAAAAUUUUUUUCAAAAUGUUUUAUAUUACAACAUUUUACAUUUUAAUCUCGGGUCGGAGUUUUUCAAACUGACGAGAGUUUGCUAAUUAAAAAAAAUAUAGCUAACUGAUAGAAUUUACGUAGAGACGGCUCUUCGUAAUACUAUAGUCAUUCUAUAUAUUAUACGAGAAAAAAAAUAGAUAUAUAUAUAGUUCGUGAAUUGUAUCUAAAACGAAAAGUACUAUUUAGAAUUUGUUUUGCAAAAAAUAUAUAUAUUACGGUACGGGGAGGUAUAUUUGUUAAAAUUUAACAGAAAUUGAUCGUCAAUGUUUUAUAAACAUGACAAGAGUGUAGUAUAUUUAUUUAUAUAGAAAAUAUCAAGCAGUUGAAAUGCGAAAAUCAUUUUUGAUAUCGCUCAACAUGAUAUUUAUUGUGCGAGAGGAUCAUAAAGAUCGACGAUGAGAUCAUGGAUAUUUCUCAUUUUAUGAAAUCAUAAAUUCACGUUAAAAAGUAAUAAUUAUCAUGUACAUGAAACGAUUGGGGAAAUAAGUAUUAAAAAUCGAUUGUUUUUAUAAAAUCAAAAUUUUUUUAAAUACAUCAAUGCAGUUCUGUUUUAAAACAUUACAAACCGCUGAAGUUUUGCGCUCAAAUAUAUUAUAUUACUAAAAAUUAGUAUUGAAUUAUUUAAAAAAUCAAUUGUUUUAAAAUUGAAUUAUUGCGAUUUUGUGGUAAUCUCAAAAUUGUAGCAAGUGUCUAGAUUUUACAUGUCAGCAUAAAUUUGAUGAUGUAUCAAAAAUAUUUUAAUCUAGAAAUUUAUAAUCGUAACGAAAUAUAUUCAUGUCAUUAUUCAAAUGAGACGUCGAAGAAAUUGUACAAUUUUAGUCGUUUGGGUGCAAUAUGAGUUCAAGCGUUCCUGAAAGAAAAAAAGUAAAUUUCUAUAUACCAUGCUUUACACGUUAUUAGUAUGUUAAUAGAAAUUUUUUAAAAAGUAUCAUUUUUCAAGAAAAUAUGCAAUAGAAACGAGAAAAGUGCUUCGUUUGGCCCAUCAUACGACGCUGUUUGUGGAUGCAUUUUACCCACGCACUGUUAAACUUUUCAUCAUUGUCCGUCAUAGUUAAUAGGAUUGUAUCAUAAUAAUGCAGUAAAUCUACAAGCAAAGGGUGUGAUGAAAAUUUUUUUGUUGAUAUACAGAAAUUUUUUCCACUUUUUUACUCUUAAUACAAAAGCGCGCAAAAAACUUGUAUGUCGUGCCUAAGUAUAGAUUGAAAAGCAAAGCAUUUUUCUCUUUUAUAUUUUGAAUCAUUAAAUAGAAUAUUAAAGUAUAAAAAUAUACAUUAGAAUGUAAUUAUCUCAAAUAAAAUCGAUAAACGAUGAAGACUGUUAAUCAGCAAUUAUUGCAAGCACGAUGUGAAAAAUAUCAAAUUACAAGUAACUUGAAAACUUUGUUUGUAAAACCACAAAAAAAACUCUAAAGUCCAACUAAGAGAGUUAUUUUCAAUCGUCGGGAUUAUUGUUCGAUGUUCUUUUUUUUUAACAAUUCUUCGUUAAUAUCUGUAGAUGAAUUUAUCUAUUGAGUUCGAUUAUAUGAACAUUUGCUUUCGAGCGAAAUAUAUGUAAUACACAUUUAUAUUAUAAAACAGUCACAUUGGCUUCCUGCGUUUACACAAAUGAAAUUAUGAUACUGUUUGUGAAUUUUAAAUCGUUAUCGGUUUAGGUUUCAAAAAUUCCAUUUUACGCAAUUAAGUGUGGAGUAGUGACGGGGAAAUUAUUUAUUUCUGUCAGAUAGCGUGAAUUAUUUAUUAUAUUUUGUUUUUCAUCUGUUGUAUAUUGAUUGUUUAAAAAUAUUAAUUAUUAUUAUUUUUUUAUUAAUUUCAAGUUUACAUACGCAAACCGUACUAUGCUUGGAAAAAGAAAGAAUUAUUAAUUCGUUGUCGUGCGUAUUCGUUAAUAUUUUUCCUUUUCACCAUUCUUACUAAAUGGUGCUAAAGUUGAGAAAAAAAUGAAAAGAAAGUUGUAAAUUUACAAAUUUAAAUAUGUUUUAAUUGUGCUUCGUUUUCAUUAUGAAUCAUAAUGGUGUAGCCGAUUAUAUGCUAGUUUCCAGUUUUAUUGGAAGCUUUCAUAUAAUAUAUCGAUUUUUUACCGAAGUCAUCCGGAAAGUUGAAAUACACUAUGCAGUUGGAUUAUUUUACAUCAACUUGGAUGGUUGUGUACUUUUUGAUACACAUCCAAUUUAUCUUCGGGCAAAAUAAAUUAGUGCAAUGAGGUUGAGUUAUUUUAUUUUUUUAUUCAAAUCUUAUGUUAUUCUUCGUAAUUGCUAUGUACAUCGUAAAAUUGUAAUGGUAGGAAGAAAAAAGAUUGUAAGAGCAUGUCAAUAGUAAAUUUUCCAUUGUUACAAAACUGCAAUACGAAGGACAAAAUGUAUUUGAUGAUUUAUAUAGUUUGGUUGUGAAAAUAUAAUGCAAGCAUGUAUUUUUGGAAAAACUCUGUCGUCGUAUUUUAUUGUAACUUUUAGUAACUGCUUCAAUCGCAAAAUUUGUUGCAAGUUCAAAAAUGAUUUUAGUAUGAAAAUGGAUUUUUACGCCGAAUCUCUUAAAAUGGCAAGUACUUGGUCGCUUUACUCGCACGUCUCCCAUCUAUACGUUUUAUCCCUGGCAAUCGAGUUAUGAAAUUAACUACAAAAUCACUCGACGUUUUCACAUUAGUUUUUGCUAAUGACGUAUUUUUUCAUUUGUUUUAAAAAUGAUAGUAAUGAAGAAUGUCUGAUGAAGUACAGAAAUAAUUUUUUACUUUUAUAUUUUGCUAACUCGUAACUGAAGUGUCGAACAUUACGAUACGUGUAUUUUAGUUGAUUUUUCACAAUUUUUAAAUCACUAGUA